AAUCACAACAUACUUUUUUACUGUUCACUAUAGUUAUAUAUACGCGCCACCAUCUCUCCCUUCCCCGCCUUCAUCAUUAUCAUCUGCUCUUCUUCCCAGUAAUACAUGGCCCCAGCAGCAGCAACAGCAGUAGCAGCAGAAAUAAAGCCUAGAGAUGUUUGCAUUGUUGGUGUUGCCCGCACACCGAUGGGUGGAUUUCUUGGUUCGCUAUCUACUUUAUCUGCCACCAAACUGGGAUCUAUAGCCAUUGAAGCUGCUCUUAAAAGGGCUAAUGUUGAUCCAUCACUUGUACAAGAAGUUUUCUUUGGAAAUGUUCUAAGUGCUAAUUUAGGGCAGGCUCCUGCUAGACAGGCUGCAUUAGGUGCGGGAAUUCCUAAUUCAGUGGUCUGUACCACUGUUAACAAAGUUUGUGCUUCGGGGAUGAAAGCAACUAUGCUUGCAGCCCAGAGUAUCCAGUUAGGCAUCAAUGAUGUUGUUGUUGCUGGAGGCAUGGAGAGCAUGUCCAAUGCACCUAAAUACCUAGCAGAAGCAAGGAAGGGAUCUCGACUUGGACAUGAUUCACUAGUUGAUGGAAUGCUGAAAGAUGGGUUGUGGGAUGUUUAUAAUGAUGUUGGCAUGGGAAGUUGUGCUGAAAUAUGUGCUGAUAAUCAUUCAAUAACGAGGGAGGAUCAGGAUAAAUUUGCUAUUCACAGUUUUGAACGCGGUAUUGCUGCACAAGAAAGUGGUGCCUUUGCAUGGGAAAUUGUUCCGGUUGAAGUUUCUGGGGGAAGGGGAAAACCUUUGACAAUUGUUGACAAGGAUGAAGGCUUAGGGAAGUUUGACCCUGUAAAACUAAGGAAGCUCCGACCAAGUUUCAAAGAGAAUGGAGGCACAGUUACUGCUGGCAACGCCUCUAGCAUAAGUGAUGGUGCCGCUGCUUUAAUUCUGGUGAGUGGAGAGACUGCUCUUAAGCUUGGAUUGCCAGUGAUUGCAAAGAUCAGAGGAUAUGCUGACGCUGCUCAGGCACCAGAGUUAUUUACAACUGCUCCAGCAUUGGCUAUACCUAAAACGAUUGCAAAUGCUGGGUUGGAUGCUUCUCAAGUUGAUUACUAUGAAAUAAAUGAAGCCUUCGCUGUUGUAGCUCUUGCCAAUCAGAAACUGCUUGGACUUAAUCCAGAAAAGGUUAAUGUACAUGGUGGAGCCGUAUCCUUGGGUCAUCCGCUAGGUUGCAGUGGAGCUCGUAUCUUGGUCACACUUUUGGGGGUACUGAGGCAAAAAAAUGCGAAAUACGGUGUUGGUGGUGUUUGCAAUGGUGGAGGGGGGGCAUCCGCACUUGUUGUAGAGCUUCUGUAGGCAUUUUGCUAUUUGGUUCAACACGAUGGGGCGAACUCUUGUGGACAUGAUAAAAUCUCCAUGGCCGUCAAAUUUCAAUAAUAUGCAAUUUUACUUUGUUUCCUUUCCAAAAUCUGCUUUCGUAUCUAAUAAACUAGGAGUGUAUUUAGCUUGGAAAGAAAAUAUAUCCUCAAUGUUAUUCA